GACUGACUGAAGCAUCCACUGCCACAGUUCAGUCGACAAAAAAAAUGGCAGUGAUUCAAGAGACACCAUCUUCCAACAACGGCUACUGCAGUACAUGGGGGAACCACCAUUUUAUGACGUUUGAUGGGUAUUUCUUCCAGCUUCCCUUCACUUGCAACUACGUUCUAACGUCUCAUUGUAAAAGCAGCUAUGAGACUUUCAAUAUUCAGCUGCAGCGCAAGAAGGAAAAAGAAGGCACCAGUAUAAAAAAGGUCACACUGAAGCUUGAUGGGUCUGUGGUGGUAUUAAAAAAAAAAAACAUCACAGUCGACAACAACCCUGUCACCAUUCCAUACAGCGAGAAUGGCUUGAUAAUUGCAAAAGCAGUCUCAUAUGUAAAAAUUGAGGCAAAGUUGGGCUUGGUUGUCAUGUGGAAUGAAGAAAAUUCCCUCUGGGUUGAGCUUGAUGCAAAAUUCAAGAAUAAAACUUGCGGUCUGUGUGGUGACUUCAAUGGAGAUCAACGUUUUAAUGAGUUCAUCCCAGCAGACAGUACAACACCUGUAACUCUUACAGAAUAUGGGGAGCAGUGGAACAUCAAUAAUCCAAAUGAAAACUGUGAGCAAAUCCUCUCUACAAACCGAACAGUCUGUGUAAAACAGCCACAGAAACACUCCUGCGAGAAGCUGUUGAAAGGGUCUGCAUUCAAGAGCUGUAACAAACUAAUUGACCCCAAACUCUUCAUCAAAGCCUGUGAGAAGGACCUGUGCUCUGGUGAAAACAACGUGAAGCCCUUCAUGUGUUCAACCAUGUCAGAGUAUUCCCGUCAGUGUGCACAUGCAGGUGGUUCACCACAACGAUGGAGAGCUAAAGAUGUAUGCGGCAAAUCAUGUCCUUUCAAUAUGGAGUACAAGGAGUGUGGCAGUGCUUGUCCUAAGAUGUGCAGUAACCUAAUGAAAACCACAAUGUGUACGAGGAACUGUGUAGACGGAUGCUUCUGCCCAAGUGGGACCGUCUACGAUGACAUUACACAUAAGGGGUGUGUUCGUGUUAAUCAGUGCUCCUGUCGACACAACGGCAAAAGUUACAAACCUAUGGAGUCGUACUCAACAGCCUGUCGAGAAUGUAAAUGCAUCCAUGGUCAGUGGAAGUGUAAUGACAAAAAGUGUCCAGGUGUUUGCUCCAUACUGGGUGGUUCUCACAUCUCCACUUAUGAUGGUAAAACGUAUACUUUCCAUGGAGAGUGCUCUUAUUUUCUGACAAAGGAAACUGAAGGUGCUUUCACUGUCGUUGGUGACCUGGAUAAAUGUGGAAAAUCAGAUAAAUCAACUUGUCUGUCUGUUGUAACUAUCCAACUACCAAACAGCAAGAUGAUUGUAAUUAAAGACAGUGGACAGGUCAGGUUUAAUAAACUGGAGCCUAAACUUCCUUUUUUUAUGGAUGACCUAAUAAUCUUUCAGCCCUCCACCUUCUAUAUUGUUGUCAACAGCAAGAGUGGGCUUCAUCUCGAAAUUCAGAUCGAACCAGUUAUGCAGAUCUACAUUAAAUUACACACUUCUCAUAAAGGAAAACUCACUGGCCUUUGUGGAAAUUUUAAUGAUGUUGAAGCUGAUGACUUCAAAGCCCCAUGUGGAAUGAUUGAGGGAACAGCUGUGGGAUUUGGCAAUAAAUGGAAGACAAAAUCAACCUGCCCAAAUGUGAAAAAAGUACCUGGGGACCCAUGCAGCAUGAGUGUAGACAAAGAGGAAUAUGCCAAACAGUGGUGUUCCAUACUGUCAAACCAAGAGGGUGCUUUUGCCAGAUGUCAUUUUGCCGUAAACCCAGCAGAAUAUGAAGCUUCUUGUAUUUAUGACACCUGUGCAUGUGAAAACAGUGACGACUGCAUGUGCGCUGCCAUUUCCUCCUACGUUCAUGAAUGUGCAGCUGAAGGUGUCUUUUUGGAUAACUGGAGGAACAACACCCCAUGCAAUAAAUACACAACUAGCUGUCCUUCCACCUACGUGUACGAUUACCAGAUGACGAGUUGCGGUCGCUCUUGCCGCUCUCUUAGUCAGUCAGACUUAACAUGUGAGGUUAAAUUUACCCCGGUGGAUGGAUGUGGCUGUGCUAAAGGAACCUACCUGAAUGAGAAGGGAGCAUGUAUCUCGGACUCAAAAUGUCCUUGUUAUGCUGGAGACACAGUGGUGCAUCCUGGCCAAAAACUCAAGAUCCAAGGAAAACAAUGCUCCUGCAGUGAAAGAAAGUUAACCUGUAAAGGUGGCGAAACACCUGAAUCAUGCACUCAUCCAAAGGUUUUCUUCAACUGCUCAAAUGCAAAGCCUGACGCAAAAGGGUCUGAAUGCCAAAAAAGCUGUGAAACUUUGGACACAGAAUGCGUCAGUCAACAGUGUGUGUCAGGUUGCGUAUGUCCUGAGGGCCUGCUGUCAGAUGGAAAAGGAGGCUGUGUUAAAAAGAAGGACUGUCUGUGCACACAUAAUGGAGAGUCAUAUAUGCCUGGACAGACCAUCAGGGUGGACUGUAAUACCUGCACUUGUAAAAACCAAAGUUGGGAAUGUACAAAUAAGGAAUGUGAUGGAACCUGCAUCAUAUACGGAGAAGGACAUUACAUGACUUUUGAUGACAAGAAAUUCUUAUUUAAUGGUGACUGUGACUACAUUUUCACAAAGGAUGACUGUGGAGAUGAAAAGAACGGUACCUUCAGCAUUAUCACUGAGAGCAUCCCAUGUGGAACAACUCAAAGCAUCUGCUCGACUGCUAUCAAGCUGGAUUUAGGGAAUAAUGAAAUGGUUCUCUCAGAGGAAAAGGUUAAAGUAACUAAACAAAAACAAGGGAUUGAAAUACCCUAUAAGAUCCACACUGUUGGUUUAUAUGUUGUUAUUGAGGCAAAGAAUGGACUUGUUCUCAUUUGGAAUAAGAAAACAACAGUGAUGAUCAAACUCAGCUCCACAUUUAAGGGUAAAGUCUGUGGCCUUUGUGGGAAUUAUGAUGGAAACGUGAAAAAUGAUUUCACCACCAGCAGCAAAGAAGUUGUGGUUGAAGCUCAUAAGUUUGGGGACAGCUGGAAAGCGAAAGACUCCUGCCCUGAUACAAAACCUCCUAAAAAUCCCUGCUCAUUAUACUCACAUAGGCAGGCAUGGGCAAUGAAACACUGCAGCAUCAUAAACAGUGAUGUAUUUUCUAGCUGCCAUUCAAAGGUGGAGUCCGACAAAUAUUAUGACGCUUGUGUGAGAGACACAUGUGCCUGCAACACAGGAGGAGACUGUGAGUGUUUCUGUUCGGCUGUAGCGGCCUACGCUGCAGCCUGUAAUGAGGCUGGAGCCUGUGUCAAAUGGAGAACACCAUCAAUAUGCCCUGUGUUCUGUGACUAUUACAACCCUGAGGGAGAGUGCGAAUGGCACUAUGAGCCAUGUGGAAAACCAUGCAUGAAGACAUGUAGGAAUCCCACAGAAAGAUGCUACAAUCAUUUUCCAGCACUGGAGGGCUGCUACCCACAUUGCCCGCCUGAACAGCCCUACUUGGAAGAAUUUACCAUGAAGUGUGUGGCACUAAAGGAAUGUGGCUGCUAUGACGAAGAACAGAACCACUAUAAAGUAGGGGAGAGCUUUCAAAAAGAUAAAUGUCAGAAGUGUAUAUGUGCUUCAUCAAUGAUCAACUGCACCUAUGAUGAUGAAUUCAACCACACCGCCAACCACAUCGCCAGCCACAAACGACAACCACAGCAGCAUCCACAACGACGACCACAGGCGCCAACCACGACGGACUACCACAGCAGCAUCCACCAACGCCAAACCACAGCACGCAGCCACAACGGCAACCACAGCAGCCACACCGCCAACCACAGCGCCAGGCCACAACGACUCCAACCACAGCAGCAGCCACAACACCAGCUCACAACUCCAACCAACAUCGCCAGGCACACGCAAACCACAGCUAAAGCCACAACUCCAACCACAUCGCCAACCACAACUCCAACCACAGCGCCAUCCACAACGACAACGGGCAGCAACCACAACGCCAACCACAGCGCCAGCCACAACGACAACCACCGUCAGCACCCACAACGCUCAACCAGAGCGACCAGCACAACGACAAUUCGGCAGCAGCCACAACUACCAACCACAAGCUGCCAGCCACAACGACAGCCACCGCCGUCAGCCACAACGCCAACCAGAGCGACAGCCACAAUCGACAACGGCAGCCGCCACAACGCCAACCACGAGCAGCAGCCACAACACUCAACCACAGCGCCAGCACAACGACAACCACAGCAGCACCCGACAACGACGACCACAGCAGCAGCCACAUACGACGACCACAGCACCAACCCAAACGCCAACACGGGCAGCAGCCACAACGCCAAUCCACCAGCACCAGCCACAACGGCAACCACAGCAGCAGCCACAACGCCAACCACAGCUGCCAGCCACAACUCCAACCCACAGCAGCAGCCACAACGCAAGCACAGCAGCACAACGCCCAACCACAGCAGCAGCCACACCACCAACCAAGCGCAGCAACAACGCCAACCACGCAGAAGCCACAACGGCGACCACAGCAGCAGCCACAACGACUACCACAGCGCACAACCACAACGACAACGACGGCAGCAGCCACAACGCCAACCACAUGCACGAGCCACAACUGACAACCCACAGCAGCAGCCACAACACCAGCCACACGCCAACCACAGCGCCAGGCACAACGCCAACCACAGCAACAGCCACAAAGGCAACCACAGCAGCAGCCACAAACGCCACCCCAGCGCCAGCCAAAAAGCCAACACACCAGCAGCCACAACGCCAACCACAGCAUCCAGUCCACAACGCCAACACACGCAGCAGCCAACAACACCAAGCCACAACGCCAACACAGCGCCAGGCACAACGCCAACCACAGCGACAGCCACAACGACGACCACAGCACCAACCACAGCGCCAACCACAGCGACAGCCACAACGACAACAACGUCAUCAUCCACAACUCCAACCACAUCAUCAUCCACAACUUCUACCACAUCAUCAUCCACAACUACUACCACAUCGCCAACCACAACUACAACUACGUCAUCAUCCACAACUCCAACCACAUCACUAUCCACAACUUCAACCACAUCAUCAUCUACAACUCCAACCACAUCUCCAUCCACAACUCCAACUACAUCAUCAUCCACAACUCCAACCACAUCACCAUCCACAACUACAACCACAUCAUCAUCCACAACACCAUCCACAACUCCAACCACAUCUCCAUUCACAACUCCAACCACAUCUACAUCCACAACUACAACAACGUCAUCAACCACAACUCCAACCACAUCUCCAUCCACAACUUCAACCACAUCAUCAUCCACAACUCCAACCACAUCUCCAUCCACAACUCCAACCACAUCAUCAUCCACAACACCAUCCACAACUCCAACCACAUCUACAUCCACAACUACUACCACAUCGCCAACCACAACUCCAACCACAUCUCCAUCCACAACUACAACAACGUCAUCAACCACAACUCCAACCACAUCUCCAUCCACAACUCCAACCACAUCAUCAUCCACAACUCCAACCACAUCAUCAUCCACAACUUCUACCACAUCAUCAUCCACAACUACUACCACAUCGCCAACCACAACUACAACUACGUCAUCAUCCACAACUCCAACCACAUCACUAUCCACAACUUCAACCACAUCAUCAUCUACAACUCCAACCACAUCUCCAUCCACAACUCCAACUACAUCAUCAUCCACAACUCCAACCACAUCACCAUCCACAACUACAACCACAUCAUCAUCCACAACACCAUCCACAACUCCAACCACAUCUCCAUUCACAACUCCAACCACAUCUACAUCCACAACUACUACCACAUCACCAACCACAACUCCAACCACAUCUACAUCCACAACUCCAACUACAUCAUCAUCAACAACUCCAACCACAUCACCAUCCACAACUACAACCACAUCAUCAUCCACAACACCAUCCACAACUCCAACCACAUCUCCAUUCACAACUCCAACCACAUCACCAUCCACAACUUCAACCACAUCAUCAUCCACAACUCCAACCACAUCACCAUCCACAACUCCAACCACAUCAUCAUCCACAACUCCAUCCACAACUCCAACCACAUCUCCAUUCACAACUCCAACCACAUCUACAUCCACAACUACUACCACAUCACCAACCACAACUCCAACCACAUCUACAUCCACAACUACAACAACGUCAUCAACCACAACUCCAACCACAUCUCCAUCCACAACUUCAACCAAAUCAUCAUCCACAACUCCAACCACAUCUCCAUCCACAACUCCAACCACAUCAUCAUCCACAACUCCAACCACAUCUCCAUUCACAACUCCAACCACAUCUCCAUCCACAACUACAACGUCAUCAUCCACAACUCCAACCACCACAUCACCAUCCACAACUUCAACCACAUCAUCAUCCACAACUCCAACCACAUCUCCAUCCACAACUCCAACCACAUCAUCAUCCACAACUCCAACCACAUCACCAUCCACAACUCCAACCACAUCAUCAUCCACAACACCAUCCACAACUCCAACCACAUCUCCAUUCACAACUCCAACCACAUCUACAUCCACAACUACUACCACAUCACCAACCACAACUCCAACCACAUCACCAUCCACAACUCCAACCACAUCAUCAUCCACAACACCAUCCACAACUGCAACCACAUCUCCAUUCACAACUCCAACCACAACUACUACCACAUCACCAACCACAACUCCAACCACAUCUACAUCCACAACUACAACAACGUCAUCAACCACAACUCCAACCACAUCUCCAUCCACAACUUCAACCACAUCAUCAUCCACAACUCCAACCACAUCUCCAUCCACAACUCCAACCACAUCACCAUCCACAACUACAACCACAUCAUCAUCCACAACACCAUCCACAACUCCAACCACAUCUCCAUUCACAACUCCAACCACAUCACCAUCCACAACUUCAACCACAUCAUCAUCCACAACUCCAACCACAUCUCCAUCCACAACUCCAACCACAUCAUCAUCCACAACUCCAACCACAUCACCAUCCACAACUCCAACCACAUCAUCAUCCACAACACCAUCCACAACUCCAACCACAUCUCCAUUCACAACUCCAACCACAUCUACAUCCACAACUACUACCACAUCACCAACCACAACUCCAACCACAUCACCAUCCACAACUCCAACCACAUCAUCAUCCACAACACCAUCCACAACUCCAACCACAUCUCCAUUCACAACUCCAACCACAACUACUACCACAUCACCAACCACAACUCCAACCACAUCUACAUCCACAACUACAACAACGUCAUCAACCACAACUCCAACCACAUCUCCAUCCACAACUUCAACCACAUCAUCAUCCACAACUCCAACCAUAUCUCCAUCCACAACUCCAACCACAUCAUCAUCCACAACUCCAACCACAUCUCCAUUCACAACUCCAACCACAUCUCCAUCCACAACUACAACGUCAUCAUCCACAACUCCAACCACAUCAUCAUCCACAACACCAUCCACAACUCCAACCACAUCUCCAUUCACAACUCCAACCACAUCUACAUCCACAACUACUACCACAUCGCCAACCACAACUCCAACCACAUCUCCAUCCACAACUACAACAUCAUCAACCACAACUCCAACCACAUCUCCAUCCACAACUACAACCACAUCAUCAUCCACAACUACAACGUCAUCAUCCACAACUACUACCACAUCACCAACCACAACUCCAACCACAUCUACAUCCACAACUCCAACUACAUCAUCAUCCACAACUCCAACCACAUCUCCAUCCACAACUCCAACCACAUCUCCAUCCACAACUCCAACCACAUCAUCAUCCACAACACCAUCCACAACUCCAACCACAUCUCCAUUCACAACUCCAACCACAUCACCAUCCACAACUCCAACCACAUCAUCAUCCACAACACCAUCCACAACUCCAACCACAUCUCCAUUCACAACUCCAACCACAUCUACAUCCACAACUACUACCACAUCACCAACCACAACUCCAACCACAUCUACAUCCACAACUCCAACUACAUCAUCAUCCACAACUCCAACCACAUCACCAUCCACAACUACAACCACAUCAUCAUCCACAACACCAUCCACAACUCCAACCACCUCUCCAUUCACAACUCCAACCACAUCACCAUCCACAACUUCAACCACAUCAUCAUCCACAACUCCAACCACAUCUCCAUCCACAACUCCAACCACAUCAUCAUCCACAACUCCAACCACAUCACCAUCCACAACUCCAACCACAUCAUCAUCCACAACACCAUCCACAACUCCAACCACAUCUCCAUUCACAACUCCAACCACAACUACUACCACAUCACCAACCACAACUCCAACCACAUCUACAUCCACAACUACAACAACGUCAUCAACCACAACUCCAACCACAUCUCCAUCCACAACUUCAACCACAUCAUCAUCCACAACUCCAACCAUAUCUCCAUCCACAACUCCAACCACAUCACCAUCCACAACUACAACCACAUCAUCAUCCACAACACCAUCCACAACUCCAACCACAUCUCCAUUCACAACUCCAACCACAUCACCAUCCACAACUUCAACCACAUCAUCAUCCACAACUCCAACCACAUCUCCAUCCACAACUCCAACCACAUCAUCAUCCACAACUCCAACCACAUCACCAUCCACAACUCCAACCACAUCAUCAUCCACAACACCAUCCACAACUCCAACCACAUCUCCAUUCACAACUCCAACCACAUCUACAUCCACAACUACUACCACAUCACCAACCACAACUCCAACCACAUCACCAUCCACAACUCCAACCACAUCAUCAUCCACAACACCAUCCACAACUCCAACCACAUCUCCAUUCACAACUCCAACCACAACUACUACCACAUCACCAACCACAACUCCAACCACAUCUACAUCCACAACUACAACAACGUCAUCAACCACAACUCCAACCACAUCUCCAUCCACAACUUCAACCACAUCAUCAUCCACAACUCCAACCACAUCUCCAUCCACAACUCCAACCACAUCAUCAUCCACAACUCCAACCACAUCUCCAUUCACAACUCCAACCACAUCUCCAUCCACAACUACAACGUCAUCAUCCACAACUCCAACCACAUCAUCAUCCACAACACCAUCCACAACUCCAACCACAUCUCCAUUCACAACUCCAACCACAUCUACAUCCACAACUACUACCACAUCGCCAACCACAACUCCAACCACAUCUCCAUCCACAACUACAACAUCAUCAACCACAACUCCAACCACAUCUCCAUCCACAACUACAACCACAUCAUCAUCCACAACUACAACGUCAUCAUCCACAACUCCAACCACAUCACCAUCCACAACUUCAACCACAUCAUCAUCCACAACACCAACCACAUCUCCAUUCACAACUCCAACCACAUCUCCAUCCACAACUACAACAACGUCAUCAACCACAACUCCAACCACAUCUCCAUCCACAACUUCAACCACAUCUCCAUCCACAACUUCAACCACAUCAUCAUCCACAACUCCAACCAUAUCUCCAUCCACAACUCCAACCACAUCACCAUCCACAACUACAACCACAGCAUCAUCCACAACACCAUCCACAACUCCAACCACAUCUCCAUUCACAACUCCAACCACAUCACCAUCCACAACUUCAACCACAUCAUCAUCCACAACUCCAACCACAUCUCCAUCCACAACUCCAACCACAUCAUCAUCCACAACUCCAACCACAUCACCAUCCACAACUCCAACCACAUCAUCAUCCACAACACCAUCCACAACUCCAACCACAUCUCCAUUCACAACUCCAACCACAUCUACAUCCACAACUACUACCACAUCACCAACCACAACUCCAACCACAUCACCAUCCACAACUCCAACCACAUCAUCAUCCACAACACCAUCCACAACUCCAACCACAUCUCCAUUCACAACUCCAACCACAACUACUACCACAUCACCAACCACAACUCCAACCACAUCUACAUCCACAACUACAACAACGUCAUCAACCACAACUCCAACCACAUCUCCAUCCACAACUUCAACCACAUCAUCAUCCACAACUCCAACCAUAUCUCCAUCCACAACUCCAACCACAUCAUCAUCCACAACUCCAACCACAUCUCCAUUCACAACUCCAACCACAUCUCCAUCCACAACUACAACGUCAUCAUCCACAACUCCAACCACAUCAUCAUCCACAACACCAUCCACAACUCCAACCACAUCUCCAUUCACAACUCCAACCACAUCUACAUCCACAACUACUACCACAUCGCCAACCACAACUCCAACCACAUCUCCAUCCACAACUACAACAUCAUCAACCACAACUCCAACCACAUCUCCAUCCACAACUACAACCACAUCAUCAUCCACAACUACAACGUCAUCAUCCACAACUCCAACCACAUCACCAUCCACAACUUCAACCACAUCAUCAUCCACAACACCAACCACAUCUCCAUUCACAACUCCAACCACAUCUCCAUCCACAACUACAACAACGUCAUCAACCACAACUCCAACCACAUCUCCAUCCACAACUUCAACCACAUCAUCAUCCACAACUCCAACCACAUCUCCAUCCACAACUCCAACCACAUCAUCAUCCACAACACCAUCCACAACUCCAACCACAUCUCCAUUCACAACUCCAACCACAUCUACAUCCACAACUACUACCACAUCGCCAACCACAACUCCAACCACAUCUCCAUCCACAACUACAACAACGUCAUCAACCACAACUCCAACCACAUCAUCAUCAACAACUCCAACCACAUCACCAUCCACAACUACAACCUCAUCAUCAUCCACAACACCAUCCACAACUCCAACCACAUCUCCAUUCACAACUCCAACCACAUCACCAUCCACAACUUCAACCACAUCAUCAUCCACAACUCCAACCACAUCUCCAUCCACAACUCCAACCACAUCAUCAUCCACAACUCCAACCACAUCACCAUCCACAACUCCAACCACAUCAUCAUCCACAACUCCAUCCACAACUCCAACCACAUCUCCAUUCACAACUCCAACCACAUCUACAUCCACAACUACUACCACAUCACCAACCACAACUCCAACCACAUCUACAUCCACAACUACAACAACGUCAUCAACCACAACUCUAACCACAUCUCCAUCCACAACUUCAACCACAUCAUCAUCCACAACUCCAACCACAUCUCCAUCCACAACUCCAACCACAUCAUCAUCCACAACUCCAACCACAUCUCCAUUCACAACUCCAACCACAUCUACAUCCACAACUACAACGUCAUCAUCCACAACUCCAACCACAUCUCCAUCCACAACUCUAACCACAUCAUCAUCCACAACACCAUCCACAACUCCAACCACAUCUCCAUUCACAACUCCAACCACAUCUACAUCCACAACUACUACCACAUCAUCAUCCACAACACCAUCCACAACUCCAACCACAUCUCCAUUCACAACUCCAACCACAUCUACAUCCACAACUACUACCACAUCACCAACCACAACUCCAACCACAUCUACAUCCACAACUCCAACUACAUCAUCAUCCACAACUCCAACCACAUCUCCAUCCACAACUCCAACCACAUCUCCAUCCACAACUUCAACCACAUCAUCAUCCACAACACCAUCCACAACUCCAACCACAUCUCCAUUCACAACUCCAACCACAUCACCAUCCACAACUACAACCACAUCAUCAUCCACAACACCAUCCACAACUCCAACCACAUCUACAUCCACAACUACUACCACAUCACCAACCACAACUCCAACCACAUCUACAUCCACAACUCCAACUACAUCAUCAUCCACAACUCCAACCACAUCACCAUCCACAACUACAACCACAUCAUCAUCCACAACACCAUCCACAACUCCAACCACAUCUCCAUUCACAACUCCAACCACAUCACCAUCCACAACUUCAACCACAUCAUCAUCUACAACUCCAACUACAUCUCCAUCCACAACUCCAACUACAUCAUCAUCCACAACUCCAACCACAUCACCAUCCACAAUUCCAACCACAUCUCCAUUCACAACUCCAACCACGUCUUCAUCCACAACUACGUCAUCAACCACAACUCCAACCACAUCUCCAUCCACAACUACAACAAUGUCAUCAACCACAACUCCAACCACAUCUCCAUCCACAACUACAACCACAUCAUCAUCCACAACUACAACCACAUCUCCAUCCACAACUCCAACCACAUCUAGAUCUCCAUCCACAACUACUACCACAUCGCCAUCCACAACUACAUCAUCAUCCACAACUCCAACCACGUCUCCAUCCACAACUCCAACCACAUCUGCAUCUCCAUCCACAACUCCAUCAUCAUCCACAACUCCAACCACGUCUCCAUCCACAACUCCAACCACGUCUCCAUCCACAACUCCAACCACAUCUACAUCUCCAUCCACAACCAUAUCAUCAUCCACAACUCCAACCACAACUCCAACCACAUCUCCAUCCACAACUACUACCACAACUCCAACCACAUCUCCUCCCUGUUUCUGCAUGUAUAAGGAUCAUUAUUUCUCUCCUGGUAAUUUGAUAUACAAUAAGUCAGAUGGAGCAGGCUGGUGUUACACUGCAUUCUGCAAUUCAACAUGUGGUGUUGAGAUGAAGGGUAGGCCAUGUCAUUCCACAACUCAACCGACUCCAUCAACAACCACAAUCAGCUCCAGCACGCCUACAAAGCCACCUUCAAACUGUUCAUAUUUGACUCCACCUAGAAAGCAUGGUGAGAAGUGGAAGUCAAGUAAUUGCUCUACUGAAACGUGUGACAAUGGUAAAGUGAUUUCAGAACCUGUGACCUGUAAAGAAGUGACAGAACCUACAUGUAAUAAUGACAACAAACCAGUGAAGGUUUACGAUGCAUCAGGUUGCUGUUUUCACUAUGAGUGCAGAUGUGUAUGUGCUGUUUGGGGAGAUCCACAUUAUACGACAUUUGAUGGUCAAUAUUACAACUUUCAGAGAAACUGCACAUAUGUCCUGGUUAAAGAGAUUACUCCUCAAUAUGACUUUAAGAUCUUGAUUGACAAUGAAAACUGUGAUGCUUCUGGAACUCUGACCUGUGCACGUGCAAUCACUGUUUACUACAAAAACUAUACCAUUGUUUUCACCCAGCAGACAACCCCAAAAAUUGUCAAUAGGGUUUCCGUCAACGAUAAGCAGGUACACCCAACCUACUCCAAUGAUGACUUCAUCAUCACAAGCACAUCAAUAGAGCUGCUUUUGAGAAUCCCAGCUAUUGAAGCAGUUGUGACAUUCAAAGGGCUUUUAUUUAGCAUUGAACUACCAUUUUCCCUUUUCCACAACAACACAGAAGGACAGUGUGGUACCUGUGACAAUAACACUGAGAAUGACUGCACAUCACCAAAUGGACAGAUUCGUUCUUCUUGCCCUGACAUGGCACAUGAGUGGAAGGUUACAGAUAAGAAGAAGCCAUAUUGUGAGAAGCCACCACCAACACCACCACAACCAAGACCUAUACCACAACCCUGCAAACCUGAUAUUUGUGAAAUUUUAAACAGCAAGGUGUUUGAAGAAUGUCACAGAGUCAUCAACCCAAAACCGUACUAUGAGGGUUGUAAAUUUGAUGUUUGUUACAAAAAUACCACCAUGGGUUGCUCCAGUUUAGAGAUGUACGCCACACUGUGUGCUGAAUCAUCUGUGUGUGUGCCCUGGAGGAAUGCUACACAUGGACAGUGUGACUACAAAUGUCCCAAACAUAAAGUCUACAAACCUUGUGAAUCAGUACUUGUACCAACAUGCAAUGCAAGAUACAAUGAGAAGUACACAAAAUGCCAGGUAAAAAGACGUGACCAGAAAACAGCCUGCAACUCAGUCAUGGAAGGAUGUUUCUGCCCAGAGGGUUUGACACUGUUCAAUUCACACUCAGACAUCUGCGUCUCCUCAUGUUGCACUGGACCUGAUGGCUCACCUACAGGGACUUGGCAGAUUGACUGUAAGCAGUGUGUUUGUGACAAGGACACACUAGACGUUCAGUGUACACCUGUUACCUGUCCAACUCAAAAACCCAUGAACUGUUCCAAGGACGGCGAGGAGUUGGUGAACCGAACAGUGGACUGUUGUCAGAAAAUGACAUGUGAAUGUAAUCCAAAAUCUUGUCCAGAGAAACCAGACUGCAAACUGGGAUUUCAGCUGGAAACAUACAACUCAAAUGACAAUUGCUGCCCAGUUCACCGCUGUGUGCCAAAAGAUGUUUGUGUGUUCAAUGGCACUGAGUACAAGCCAGGAAUGAACUUCCACAAAAACCCAUGUGAAGAAUGCAACUGUACUGGAAGUCGAGAUCCCCAAACUAUGCUGAACAAGAUCAAGUGUCACAAGAUAGUGUGCACAGUACGGUGUGCAGAGGGCUACGAACGUGAGAACAAACCCGGCCAGUGUUGUCCAUCAUGUAAAAAGACAAGCUGUGUUUUUACACAUCCUGGGUUGAAUUCUACUGUUGUUAUUAAGCCUUCUGAGUCUUGGUCACCACCAAAUGACAACUGUACCAGGUAUGACUGUGAAAAGGAGGAAGACGACUUCACCAUUUCUAUCAACCGAACAAAGUGUCCUGAGUAUGACCCAAACAACUGUGUCCCUGGAACUGAACGAAGUGACAUGAAUGGUUGUUGCAAAACAUGUACGCCUCGACAUGAAUGUUUGGUGAAAAAGAAAACUGCCCACCUGAAGACAAAGAACUGCACGUCAGUUGAGAAAGUGGAACUCACUUCCUGUGAGGGAUCAUGUGGAGAGUCUUCAUCCAUGUACUCAGCAGAGAGCAACAGUAUGAUGCAUUCAUGCUCAUGUUGUCAAGAAAUGGCGACCAGUAAGAAGAAGGUGGAGAUGAGGUGCACUGAUGGCAGAACGAUACAGAAAACCUACAUUUCAAUUGACAAGUGUGGUUGUGAGGUCACUAAAUGUAAAGAUAGCACAAAGGAUUAAUUCAAGGAUUCACCUGACUGAAGGAAAACCUGACCGAUACGGCUUUGAACUUUAACUUCUAUUCUUCAAAGACCUAAUCUGUUCUGUUAAAGAAUUAGUGUGUGAAGAUGCACUUUUGUUUGUCAGCCUUCCAUCAAAACAAGUCACAAGACUUAACAGACAGACUAAAAUCUGGUCAAAUUACUAACUUUUUCAUUCAUUUACAAAAUGCAUGAUUCAGCAUGUCUUGGUUAUGGUUGGUUCCUCUUUACAAACCAUAUAAUGAAAUGUUUUCUGUCUUAGCUGGUGUUUAUCUCUCAUCUCUCUUUGCUCCUGAGUUAGAUAUUUAUUUGUGGUAAAGCCUAAAAUAUAAUAGCAAGUGGGAAAUGUCUGCGACUGUCUUGGUCUCAUAUCUGAAUGUCUAUGUAGUCUGAUUAAAAUGCAAGGUCAUUAAA